AUGUUCGCUUUCAGAUGCCAUUUUCGUCGCCAUUUCAACAUUGGAUCGGUGAACGGUACGAUUAUGACAAGUUCAAGGCUUUUUUUCUGCGGAGCUCGUGAAGGCCAAAUGCCGGUGAUAUUGACGAUGAUCAACAAAAAGCAUCGAACUCCCAUACCAGCAGUUAUUUUCACCGUGAGUUCAUAUGUCAUGCAAAUUUCUCUGUAUCUAUUUAUUCCAUGCAAAACUACUUGGGAGCUGGGACAUAUCUACACGCUUAUUAAUGCCAGUCAAUGCACAGUUUGGCUUGCUAUAGCUGUUGUAUCUUUAGCACUGCUCAAAUUUCGAUGGUCAAUGCCGGAUGUACAUAGACCUGUGAAG